AACCUGCAGCUUUGGAGAGGAGAGGGACAUUUGGGAGCAAGAUGGCGAGAGGGACAGUGGCUUCAUACUUCCAUGGAGUCCUUCUCCUGGCUCUGUGGAAACCGUCACUGCAAGGAGGUGUUUACAUACCUACUGGUGCCGGUGGAGGAGCUGGAGCUGGAACCGGCAUAGGUGCUGGUGCAGGAACUGGAACUGGAUUUGGACCAGGUGGGACAGGACCAGGAUAUGGAGGAGGAGCCGGGACUGGAUUUCAACCAGGCGGAGCUGGUGCUGGUCUCGGGACUUUUGGACCAGGAGCCGGUGGAGGCGGAGUAGGACGAGGAUUUGGACCAGGAGGAGUUGGACCAGGAGGAGUUGGUCCAGGAGGAGUUGGACCAGGUGGAGUCGGUCCAGGAGGAGUUGGACCAGGUGGAGUCGGUCCAGGAGGAGUUGGACCAGGAGGUGUUGGACCAGGCGGCUACAGGCCCAGCACCUUUGGUCCAGGCAGUGGUGGACUAGGAGUGGUGCCUGGAGGUGUUGGGGCUGGCGGAAAACCUCCAAAAACAGGUGGCUACGGUGUACGUGGAGGACUCACAACAGGACAGGGAGCUGGAGGUGUCGGACCACUGGGCGGCAUUGGGUCAGGUGGUUUUGGACCAGGUGGCGUUGGAUCUGGUGGCUACCGACCUGGACCUGGGGGAGUUGGUCCAGGUGGACAAGGUGGAUAUGGAGGUGGAUAUGGACCAGGUGGUGCUGGUCAAUACCCAGGAACUGGUGGAACUGGUCCCAAACCUCCCAAAACAAGUGGGCUUGGAACAUUACUUAGAGGAACAGGCUAUGUGCCUGGUGGUGCCGGAGUUGGACCUGGUGGUGCCGGAUUUGGACCUGGUGGUGCGGAGUUGGACCUGGUGGUGCCCUGGUGGUGCCCUGGUGGUGCGGAUUUGGACCUGGUGGUGCGCCUGGUGGUGCUGGAUUUGGACCUGGUGGUGCUGGUGGCCUGGUGGUGCCUGGUGGUGCUGGAGUUGGAACUGGUGGUGCCGGAUUUGGACCUGGUGGUGCUGGGUUUGGUCCUGGUGGUGCUGGAGUUGGUCGGGUGGUGUGGUUGGACCUGGUGGUGCUGGCGUGGGUGGUGGUGCUGGAUUUGGACCUGGUGGUGCGGAGUUGGGCGUGGUGGUACUGGAUUUGGACCUGGUGGCGCCGGAGUUGGACCUGGUGGUGCCGGAGUUGGACCUGGUGGUGCUGGAGUUGGACCUGCUGGUACUGGAUUUGGACCUGCUGGUGCUGGAGUAGGGCCUGGUGGAGUACUUCCACAGAUUGGUACGACUGCUGGAGGACCUGGAGGGAAGAAUAAAGCACCUAAACAAGUUCCAGGGGUAGGUGUACCUGGGCUCUAUCAAGGUGGAUUUGUACCUGGCCAAGGUUUUGGAGGCCGUGGGGUUCUACCUGGAGUGGCCACAGGAACUGGAGUUGGGCCUCAGACUGGGUCUGCACAACUCGGUCAGGGAGGUGUUGGACCAGGAGGAGCAGGCAAUGGUCGCGGACAGCAAAUGCCUGGGGUUUUUCAUGGUUACCCGCUCAUAUCACCAAAAGCAGGAUCAGGGAAAACGAAGAAUCCAGCCAAACUUGCAGCUAAAUAUGGUGGAGCUGGAGCUGGUCAAGGAGGCGCUUUAGGGGGUGGGGCUGGAAGACUCCCUGGGGGCGGAGCAGGAGCAACACCUGGAAUUGGAGGCGGAGUUGGAACAGGAGGUGGGCCUGGAUUUGGAGGUGGCGGACCAGGAUUUGGAGUAGGAGUUGGAACAGGUGGCGGACCAGGAUUUGGAGGAGUUGGAACAGGUGGCGGACCAGGAUUUGGAGGUGGAGUUGGAACAGGUGGCGGACCAGGAUUUGAGGUGGAGUCGGAACAGGUGGCGGACCGGGAUUUGGAGGUGGAGUUGGAACUGGCGAAAGGUUAUGGUCCUGGCUCAGCCAAAGCACGCAAAUAUGGUCAGACAGGCCUGGGAGGAGGGGGACCAGGUGGAGGAGCCGGAGUUGGCCUCGGCACAGGGCUGGGUACUGGCUUAGGGACUGGUGGACCGGGUGGCGGCUAUAGUUUUGGUCCAGGCGGCGCAAGCACUGGUACGAUUGGAGGUCUUGGAGGCAGAGGACCAGGGGGAGGAGCUGGAGUCGCCACAGGUGUAGGACCUGGUACUGGGGUCGGUUUCGGGCCAGGUGGUGCUGGCACUGGGUCAGGUGGCCUUAUUCCUGGUGGUGCUGGAACUGGCUUGGGAGGAGCUGGUUAUGGGCCUGGUAGAACUGGGUAUGGGCCAGGUGGUGCUGGAACUGGAUCAGGAGGACCUAGAACAGGACUUGGAACAGGACCUGGGGGUUAUGAUGCCAAUGCCAAAGCUCGUAAAUAUGGAAUGUUAAGUGGCGCACUAGGAGGUCCAGGUGGUACUGGUACUGGUUAUGGACCAGGAGGUGCGGGUUAUGGACCAGGUGGAUUCGGACCUGGGGGUGCCGGUACAGGUUAUGGACCUGGUGGCGCUGGUACUGGUUAUGGACCUGGAGGAGGAGUUGUACCAGGUGGCACUGGUACUGGUUAUGGACCUGCGGGAGGAGUUGUACCUGGUGGCACUGGUACUGGUUAUGGACCAGGAGGAGUCGGACCUGGUGGAGCUGGUACAGGUUAUGGACCAGGAAGUGCUGGUACAGGUUAUGGACCUGCAGGAGGAGUCGUACCCGGUGGAGCUGGUACAGGUUAUGGACCUGCAGGGGGAGUCGUACCCGGUGGAGCGGGUACAGGUUAUGGACCUGCAGGGGGAAUCGUACCUGGUGGAGCUGGUACAGGUUAUGGACCUGCAGGGGGAGUCGUACCCGGUGGAGCUGGUACAGGUUAUGGACCUGCAGGGGGAGUCGUACCCGGUGGAGCUGGUGCAGGUUAUGGACCCGGAGGUUAUGCUGGUGCCAAAGCCCGCAAAUAUGGUUUGCCUGGAGGGGCCGGAGGUGCACUGGGUACUGGAGGACUUGGGCUCGGAGUAGGAGGAGGCGUCCCCGGUAGAGGUGCACAAACAACGGGUGGCGGACCUGGAGCAGGAUUGGGAACUGGUGGUGGACCUGGCACUGGUGUUGUAACCGGAGGUGGACCGGGAGGCUUUGGGCCGGGCGGCGCUGGAGGAUAUCCUGGGGGAUCUCUCAUUUACGGGCUUCCUGGUGGUGGUGGAGCUCCAGGAUCUGGUCUGGAUGCAAGAUUUGGUGGCCCGGCAGCAGGUGGCUACGGCCCUGGGACUGGAGGAGCUCUAGGAACUGGAAGAACAGGAUAUGGACCUGGUGGCUAUGGACCUGGUGGAUAUGGAACUUUACCUGGUGCUGGUUAUGGACCUGGUGGAGGCUAUGGUACAGGACCAGGGGCUGGAUAUGGAACAGGAUACGGACCUGGAUCAAAAGCUGCUAAAUACGGCUAUGGCACAGCUGGAUCUAAAGCUCCAAAGUAUGUGCAACCUGGUGGAGUUACACCCGGGGGAGCAGCAGGCACGGGUGUUGGAGGAGCAGCCACGGCGAACGGCACUGGUGUUUCAGCGAAUGGCACCAGCACUAGCGGCAGUGCAAGGACAACAUCUGGGCCCAGUGGAGGACCUGGGGGCGAAAGAGGUGCUGGAGGAACACCAUCUCCCACACCAGAAGGCGAUGGUGCCACUGGCAGUGUGAUAGAGGGUUCUGGAAGCACUGGAGAAGGAGGUGUGGGUGGCAGACCAGUGGACGGUGGCGCUCGAGAUGGGCUGAGUGGAACGGGAAUCCCCAUCAUUGGAGCGAAACCAGCGAUCAAUGGGACUGACGUACCAGGUUCUGUUGAUGAUCUCUCAAGAGGAACACUGCCUGGAGCCAAACCUCUCAAACCUCCAGGUGUACCCAGAGGUGACACACCAGGUGAAGGAGAUGGAGAGGGAGGCCCUGAUGGUGAGAGAGACGGUUCAAGAGGCACUGGCGGAGGAGUUGGAGGGGGUCCUACUAGUGUAGGAGGAGCAGGUGGGGUUUCAGGUAGUGGAACUGGAGUUGGACCAACUAACACAACUGGUGGAGUAGGAGGAACACUAAAACCACUCAAAGCUGAUGGGACUGCUGCAGGGGGUGGACCUGGUGGAGUCAGUACUGUCAUAGGAGUUAGAGGUGGUCCCACUGGUGUUGGAGCUGCAUCUGGAGGAGUUGGAGGUGGUCCUGGAGGAGCAGGGUUGGUUCCUGGAGUAGGAGCAGGAACUCUUAAACCUGGAAAAAGCUACGGUGCUGGUGGAGCUGGAGUUUUGCCAGGUGGAGGAUUACGUUAUCCAGUUGGAGCUGGAGUUGGAACAGGAAAAGCAAGCAAAGCAUAUGGAGCUCUGGGAGGCGGAGGCCAGGUUGGACCCGGUGGUUAUGGAGUUGGGCCAGGAAGUUAUGGAGCCGGACCUGGCGGAUAUGGAGCCGGACCUGGAGGAUAUGGAGCUGGACCUGGAGGCUAUGGAGGCAGAGGCAUUGGUGGUGUUGGUGGUCCUGGCGGAACUGGAACACUUGGGGUUGGAAUUGGUCCUGGAAGUGUAGGUGUAGGAGCUGGAGGUGGAGUGGGACCUAGUGGAGUCGGUGGAGGACUCGGGGGUUAUGGUGGUGGUGUGGGUCCCGGUGGUUCCAGGUAUGGCACAGGUUCAGCUCUGGGUACUGGGAGUGGCAAACCACCAAAAAGUUAUGGAAUAAGGCCUGAUGGUACGCGGGUAGGACCUAGUGUCUAUGGGACUGGACCUGGUUUUGGGCCUGGUGCUGGUAGUUAUGGACCUGGUAGCUCUGUACCAGGUGGUGUUGGCACAGGACCAGGUGGUGUUGGCACAGGACCAGGUGGUUAUGGACCAGGUGGUGUUAGCACAGGACCAGGUGGUUAUGGACCAGGUGGUGUUGGCACAGGACCAGGCAGCUAUGGAGCUGGUGGGUCAGGGGGCAUUCCUGGUGUAUAUACUGCUGGAGGUCAAGGACUAGGAAAGGCAAGAAAACCAUCCAAAUCAGGAACUUUACUUGGCGGAACAGGCACUGGACCUGGCAGGUAUGGGCCUGGCGGUUUUGGGCCUGGAGGCACAGGAACAGGUGGCUUUGGACCAGGAGGUACUGGCACAGGAGGCUACGGACCAGGGGGCACCGGCACAGGAACAGGUUUCGGACCAGGUGGCACAGGAACAGGAGGUUUCGGACCAGGAGGUACCGGUGCAGGAACAGGUUUCGGACCAGGUGGCACAGGAACAGGAACAGGUUUCGGACCAGCAGGCGCCGGCACAGGAACAGGUUUCGGACAAGGAGGUGCCAGCACAGGAACUGGUUUUGGACCAGGAGGCGCCGGCACAGGAACAGGUUUCGGACCAGGAGGUGCUGGCACAGGAACAGGGGGGCAAGGAUUAGGAAAAAGAAAACCUGCUAAAUCUGGUUAUGGAGGAGCAGGGUAUGGUACAGCAGGGGUAUUAGGAGGAGGUGCAGGAGUGGGCCCUGGUGGAACUGGAACAGGCCCCUACGGUUACGGGCCAGGGGGUGCUGGACCUGGUGGUGCUGGAACUGGUGGUUACGGACCUGGUAGAGCUGGACCUGGUGGUUACGGACCCGGUGGGGCCGGAACUGGUGGUUAUGGACCUGGUGGUUAUGGCCCAGUUAGCACUGGAACUGGGCAGGGGGGGGUUGGAUUUGGGCCCAGUGGACAAGCAAUUGGGUCAAGGAAACCUUCUAAAUCUGGUUAUGGCUCACAGUUGGGUGGAUCCAGCUAUGGACCAGGUGUUGGAGGAGGAAGGAUUCCUAGUGCAGGGACAGGCAGUGUCGCUGGAGGCGGCACAGGCGUCGGAGGAGCUGGAGGACCUGCAGGAGCAGGUCAGGGAGCAGGAGGAGUCGGCAGCGUACCAGCAGGGGGAGUCGGCCCCGGCUAUGUUGGGGGAGCUGGUGGAGGAUAUUCAGGAUAUACAGGGGCCGGGCAAAAAUCCAAAGCACAGAAGGCAGCCAAAUAUGCAGCCAUGCAGGCCUUACUAGGAUCUAGCGGCUACAGAGGUGCCGGCUGUCAGGGCAGCUACUGUGGCCAGAGGAGGAAGUGAGAGACCAGCAGACAGGAAGUGACCUCAUUAAAAAAACAACAGUGGUGCUACUGCAUGAUCCCAGAUUGUAAAUGUCUAACCUGCCAUAGAAGCCAAAAGCUUCAAUACACUACACUUUACCUUUUAUUUUGCUUUAGAAUGUAGGCAAGUCUUUUUUUUAUUUUUAUUUUUUAUUUUAUUUCAAGUACAGCAGUUCUCAGCCCGUGAGAGUCAGGGAUACUGAUGGACAAGGCAUGAGGUGAAAUGAAAUGAAGAAAAUGUUUAUUUGUAAAAAAACAGUUGUUUUUUAACUAAAUAAAUCACCUCAUGACUCUCUGGGCAUCCUGACUAGCCUGACAGGCUGAGAACCACUGAGGUAAAUACAAACAAAGACUUUCAUUUUAAUUUUAUGACCAAGAUGUGCUAUAAUACAGUUUUUUCUUAUUGCUGUUGCGUUGAACAUCAUUGGUGUUCCCGAGUCACCCUAAAUCCUCUGGUGAAGAACAAGGACUCCCUCAGGGAAGCUCCUUUCAGAGUGUUGUUUUUUUGUUUUCUUUAGGGUCUGCAAAGAGUGUUUCAUGAAUUUUGCCGUUGAUGAAACUUGUCAUUCAAGGGAGAAACAGGUGGCUGCUAUUUUUGCGCCGGUCUCAGCAGAAUCACCAGGUCGCGGAGGCCGCAGGUUCUUCGUGUGUGUGAAAUUCACACACACACACACACACACUCCCUUCACGACACUGAAAGCACUGUUUUAUAGCUACAAAAACAUACACAUUUUUACAUGAUUGAAUGGACGUGUUUCCGUCAUAUUCCGAUGUGGCUUAGAUAAGAUAUUUUUAAAGAUCUAAGGAGCUUUGAUUACCGCGUCCUCUUUUAUUACUUUCUUUAACACUGUUGGAAAUUGUUCACGUUUACAAGUUAUUUUAAAUUAUGCUGACGAGGAAAAAAAAGCAGAAAGCGGCUACGCUCUUUUACUUAUUUAGUCGUAUUUUACAAAUUCAAAUAAGUGCAUAGUUGAACGUUCUAGUUACUUUGUGUGUCGUGUUCAUGAUAAAUACAAUUGCCUUGUUGUCUACGUUGUCAUUGGAUGUGUGCUGAAUUACACUGUACUUUCUAUUAUAGUUCAGAUAAAACAGUGUAAGUGACUCUUCUGUAGCUUAACAUGUGUUUUAAUAUCUGUGUUGUUGUUUUUUUGUGUUCAUGUGGCCUAUGAAAGAAAAUGGUGCACCUUUGUACACUUUCCGAAAAAGCUAAUAAAGGAUAAAAAAUGUUUUUAA